AUGGCCGCGUCCACCCGGUCCGUCUGCUCCAGCAACCUGAGCUAUGGCAGCCGGGCCUGCCAGCCAGGUUCCUCCGAGUCUUGUACUGACUCCUCCUGGCAGGUGGACGACUGUCCAGAGAGCUGCUGUGAGCCCUCCUGCUGUGCCCCCAGCUGCUGCCAGCCCACCUGCUGUGUCCCCACCUGCUGCCAGUCUAUCUGCUGUGUCCCUACCUGCUGCCAAUCCACCUGCUGUGUCCCCAACAGCUGUGCCCCAGCCCCCUGCCUGACCCUCAUGUACACUCCAGUGAGCUGCAUGUCCAGCCCCUGCCAGUCAGCCUGCAGCAGCUCCUGCACACCCUCGUGCUGCCAGCCCUCCUGCUGCACCUCCGCCCCCUGCCAGCAGCCCUGCUGUGUGCCCGUCUGCUGCAAGCCCGUGUGCUGUGUGCCCGUCUGCUCUGGGCCUGCCCCCUGCCCCUCAUCCUGCUGCAGACCCUCCUCAUGCAUGUCCGUCAUCUGCCGCCCCGUGUGCAGGCCGGCCUGCUGCGUGCCCGCCUCCUCCUGCUGUGCCCCCUCCUCCUGCCGGCCCAGCUGCUGCUGCCCGGCCUCCUGUGUGUCCCUGGUCUGCCGCCCCGUGUGCUCCCGCCCAGUCUGCUGA